GUGUCCCCCAUUACCGUACCCUUCCAACCUAACCUCAAAUUUUGUUUACGGUUCUGACAUCCGGAGGAUAAACAGCACAGUUGAUGAAACCUCCGGGGUAAUUUAAUAAUUGCAGUUGCAUUGUUAUAUUGGGUAGAAAAACAGUGAAAUGGAGAGGGAAGAGAUUUGUCGAUAUUUUGACCACAUUAUCAAAAACGAGAAGGAUGUUUCUGCUGGAAUGGCGGCCAUACGGACAUUACUGAGAAUAUUACAGGUUUCUCAGUCGGAAACAGUCCAAGAAUUACGAUAUCGUCUCCAAGAGGCGAUAGACUCGAUGAGAUCCAUGGACUACCCAGUAACAUCAAUUGCAUCAGGAGCUGAACUUUUUCUCAGAUUCAUCACAUUGGCUACUCUUGACACACCAUCCUUUGCAGAAUGUAAAGGAAUUAUGCUGCAUCGGGGGAAAGUCUUCUACGAAAAAUUGGUGGCAUCACGAGGAAAAGUCGCUAAAGUUGCGGCUAAUUUUAUAACCGACGGUUGUAAAAUUUUGACACACUCGAGAUCUCGAGUCGUCCUGUGUGCAAUGAAGGAAGCAGCUGCUCAUCACAAAAUAUUUCAUGUCUACGUAACGUAUUCGGCUCCAGAUAACAGCGGAAAGGAGAUGUAUGAAAAUUUAACGAAGUUGGGAGUGUCCUGCACCCUAAUUCUCGAUUCUGCGGUGGGCUACGUGAUGGAACAGGUUGACAUGGUGAUGGUGGGCGCUGAAGGUGUUGCUGAGAGUGGUGGAAUCAUCAAUAAAAUCGGAACGUAUACACUCGCAAUGUGUGCUAAAGAAAUCAAGAAGCCUUUCUAUGUAUUGACUGAGAGUUUCAAGUUCUCCAGGAUAUACCCUCUCAAUGAAAUUGAUCUUCCAGAUGAGUUCAAAUACACGACGAGCACUCGAGAGAAGGAUUUGAAAAACGAGCAUCCACUGGUCGACUACACUCCCCCCCACUACAUAAAUCUACUAUUCACCGAUCUUGGAAUAAUGACACCAUCAGCAGUGAGUGACGAGUUGAUAAAACUUUAUUUAUAAUUUUUUUUAAUGAGUAAAAUAAAGUUAUCUUAAUGAAUGA